AUGUCUAUAAAUGAAUUCUCUCAUUAUUCGUUAUUUCCGGGUCUUUUCGUUGCAUUCACUUACAACAAGAAAGAACCACCAGCGUUUGGUGCAGCACCUGCAUUUUGGUGCAUUCUUAUUCCUUUCCUUGGUCUUUCGUUCCGUCAUAUUCCUAAUAACUUAUCCAAUUACAACGUAUUAACCGCUAAUGCACCUUUCUUUUAUCAAAUUUCAGGGACAUGGUCUAAUCAUGAGGGUAGUAUUUUAUCAUGGUGUUGGAUCCCUUUUUUUUAUGGAUUCCUUCUUUGUUACCGGGGUCGACCCCAAAGCCAUAAUGUCUCAAAACGAAGAGGCUAUAGAGAAACUUUUCUUUUUUCCUUUGUCUCGAACUUCGUGAAGAACUCCAUUCUAUCUCUCCAACAAAAAAGUGGGGCUGCGCCCCAGUUGUACACUCCCUUCGUUCUACGAACCCUUGUUGAUUCUGAACUUCGUUCGCGAAGGAACCGGACUUUUGACGGGCCAGCCCUUUUUUAUGCGCCGCUUUACCCUGGAAGGAAAAUGAGCUUUGCUCUUCUGGGCGCUGGGCGCUCCCGUGGUUCGCGAGAAGGAAAAAGGACUAAUCUUUUGUUGCAUCUGGCACGAGAUGAAAAAGAGAGAGCUUCGUCUAUCGAAGAACAGCGGAUUGACGGAGCUCUUGGCAUUGCUUUGUUUUUCUCUCCUUUCCUAUCAGCGAGUUCCGAUCCUUUUGUUCGAAAUUUCUUCGUUCGUACCGAACCGCUUGCAGAAUCAAAUCCUGUUCCACAAGAUCCUCUAUCAGCUAUACAUCCUCCUCGCAUUUAUGCCGGAGACGUCGCCAGUGCUAUGGGCUUUGGCUUAUGUAGAUCAAAAAUGAUGAAUGGGAUUGUGGCACUCCACUCGCCGCCAAUGCGGAAGGAUGCCGCCGAAAAGAAUGGAAGGCUGCUUCGCUCUGCUGGAUGCGUCGGAUCCCAUAUAAGAAGCUCGCUCUUUACCCGAUCAUUCAAACAUUUUGUGGGCGGCGCACCUGCUCUAUUGUUGCGUAGCAAUAGAAGCCUGCUCAUGCUGCUUCGGCGGCGCUUUUUCGCCUUCUCUUCGCUCUGGACAGGAGCGCUAAUGGACACGGGGAGGGAGCAGGCGAAGCGUGUCGUUCGUAAUGGAAAGAAAGAGACCACGACUUCGCCUCUUUGUUGGACCGCCGGCGCGAACACAGUGGUCUCUGACCAGGACCAGGAACCAAUUCGAAUUUGGAUCUUGACAUGUCGGUUGUUUUUAACCGUAGGCAUCUCGCCAGGAAGUUGGUGGGCUCAUCAUGAAUUAGGUCGGGGUGGCUGGUGGUUUCGGGAUCCCGUAGAAAAUGCCUCUUUUAUGCCUCGGGUAUUAGCCACAGCUCGUAUUCAUUCAGUAAUUCUACCCCUUCUUCAUUCUUGGAUCUCGCUUCUUAAUAUUUUGACUCUUCCAUGCUGUGUCUCAGGAACCUUUUCAAUACGGUCCGGAUUGCUAGCUCCCGUUCAUAGUUCUGCUACAGACGAUACACGAGGAAGAUUUUUAUGGCGGUUCUUCCUUCUAAUUACAGGCAUAUCUAUGAAUCUUUUCUACCAGAUGAAGCAGCAGGCAUCGGUCCGUAGAACCUAUAAAAAAGAGAUGGUUGUGGCGCGAAGUACUCUUGUGCACCUACGUCACUCGGCUCGCGCGCAACCUCGCCCCGUUAUGUUAUGGAAGAAUUUAGCUUAUUGCUGGGCUGGUUAUUCAGAGCCAGCAAUAAGCUGCCGGAUUUCGUCCCGUCCGUAG